AAUAUAAACCCUAACCUACUCUCCUCCUCUCCUCCUCUCCGUUCUGCUUUUCUUUUAAAUCUACAGCUUUGUCUCUUAGCAGCUCUCUGUCCUCGAUCUCUCUACCCAAACCAUGUCGUGCUUCAAGAGCAAGUAUGCUGAUGAGCUUGCUGCCAAUGCUAAGUACAUUGGCACCCCUGGAAAGGGUAUCCUUGCUGCUGAUGAGUCCACUGGAACAAUUGGCAAGCGUCUUGCCAGCAUCAACGUUGAGAAUGUUGAGUCAAACAGGCGUGCUCUCCGUGAACUCCUCUUCUGCACUCCUGGUGCCUUGAAACACCUCAGUGGUGUUAUCCUCUUUGAGGAAACUCUUUACCAAAAGACUGCCGGCGGCAAGCCUUUUGUUGAGGUCUUGAAGGAAGGUGGAGUCUUGCCUGGUAUUAAGGUUGAUGCUGGUACUGUUGUUCUUGCUGGCACCAAUGGUGAGACCACCACUCAGGGUCUUGAUAACCUUGGCCAGCGCUGCGCUAAAUACUACCUGGCUGGUGCUCGCUUUGCAAAAUGGCGUGCUGUGCUAAAGAUUGGCCCAAAUGAGCCAUCUGAGCUUGCAAUCCAUGAGAAUGCCUAUGGCCUGGCCAGAUAUGCUGCCAUCUGCCAGGAGAAUGGCCUUGUUCCCAUUGUGGAGCCUGAGAUCCUUGUUGAUGGUCCCCAUGACAUUAACAAGUGUGCUGACGUUACUGAGCGUGUUCUUGCUGCUUGCUACAAGGCCCUUAAUGAUCACCAUGUCAUGCUGGAGGGUACCUUGUUGAAGCCUAACAUGGUUACCCCUGGUUCUGAUGCCCGCAAGGUUGCUCCAGAGGUGAUUGCUGAGUACACUGUCCGUGCAUUGCUGCGCACUGUCCCUGCAGCAGUCCCUGCUAUUGUCUUCUUGUCUGGAGGACAAAGUGAGGAGGAGGCUACUCUCAACCUGAAUGCCAUGAACAAACUCUUCAAGAACAAGAAGCCAUGGUCACUUUCAUUCUCAUUUGGACGCGCUCUUCAGCAGAGCACUCUCAAGGCUUGGGCAGGAAAGGAGGGGAAUGUUCUGAAUGCCCAGGCAGCUUUCCUCACCAGGUGCAAGGCCAACUCUGAGGCCACCCUUGGUACCUACAAGGGUGAUGCUACCCUUGGUGAGGGUGCCUCCGAGAGCCUCCAUGUCAAGGACUACAAAUACUAAGAAGUUCUCUCUUGCUUUCCAGGGUAAAUGAUGGCAUGAAUGCUAUGGUUGUCUAAUAGUUUCAAGUCUUUUUCCUUGUCAUUUGCAGUGAGUUUAGGGUGAAAAAUAGAGAAAUAAGCCUUAGAAGCAUUCGGCUUGUGGACAAGGGAUGGUUUUUCUUUCUUUUUGUCAGUUUGGUUCAAAACUUUGAUUUUUCCUUGUCAACUUAAAAUGGUGCCUGUGACUGUUUUGCGCCAAAAUCAAAUGCUUUUAGUUCAAAUCAUCUAAUAUCUGGCUGCAAUUACUUUUUAUAUUUUGUUUCUUGAGUUUUGCUUAUGUUAUGGCUUAAUUUUCUGACCAGCAGUGGAACUGAUU